UGUCAGACCUCAAACUGCUUCCCACAUACAGAGCCGGCAGAGGGAGUUCAGGGAGGAGGAAACAGGAGGAAUUCUGACGGCUGUUUUGGAUUCUUUCAGCGGAGAUAUGAGCCUGAAGAUGAGCAGCCGUUAGGACAACAGACAUGGACAAACAGAAAGUUCUGGCUAAGCUGAUCUGGGACCUGCAGUCCUUCCUAACCGUUUUGGACUCGGAGAACCUAAGCUACAUCGCUCAGGCUCAGAAGAAAUCGAUCUCAGAGCUGCUUUCUAAACUGCAGACUCCAGAUGCUCCAGUGGAAGAUGCAGAGUAUAUGGUGAUGAGCUGUCCAUCAUCAUCUCCAAGCAAUGAGCAUGUAGACACACCUGGCACAGAAGGAGUUUCGUCUGAGCUAGUGUCAAAUCAGGUCCCAUCUGCUUGGCUGAGGAACAGGAUGCAGGGACCCACUGUUCCUCCUCAUCCUCCAGGUGGGCUUGGGGGUGAUGAUGAUGAGGAUACAUAUGAGGAGGCAGAACCUUACAUACCGGCUGAAACCAGUGUGUCCAACACAGAGAAGGCAGAGUCAGAAAGCAGUCACUACGAGUCAUAUGGUGAGGAAGAUGACGAUGAGGAUGAAGGAGAUGGCCUUCUGAAGGACAGAGCUCACUACAUCCAGUAUAGCACCUCGCAGAUCUGCCUGCGGCCCGCCCCAGAAUCCCGGCUCUGUGGGUACCUGUGGAGGAGGAAGUGGCUUGGACAGUGGAGCAAACAGCUCUUCAUCAUCAAGAAUGACAUGCUGCUGUGUUAUAAAUUUGCUCGGGACCUGCUGCCCCAGCUGGAGUUGAACCUUCAUGGCUGUCAGUUGUUCUACAAGUUGAAGAGCAAUGCCAAGAUUCAGCACCAGCUCAAACUGGUUCCAGUGGGCUCUGAGUCACUGGUUCUGGGCUACAGCAGCUUUCAGCAGGCUGACGAGUGGAGGAGGGUGAUAGAAGAGGUGAACAUUGGAGAGGAGGUGGAGACUCAGAGCUUCUCCUCCCUGAGUAAAUCUGAUCAGCGGCUUUCCUGCAGGUCCAGUACAGUACAGACCGACUCUGAUGAGGAGAAACCUUCAGUUUACUCCAACCUCAACAAAGAUGAAGGGUUCCUGAACGUUCUGAUGAACUGCCAGUGGCAGAGUUUACUGUGUCAAGUGGAGGAUGGAGUCCUCAACAUGUUUGGAGAGGAGAUCCAGAAAGAGGAAGAGGUGAAGCGUUCGCCUCAGUACACAGUCCAGCUUAGAGGCUGCGAGGUCCUAGACGGGGCAGACACAGAGCGCUCCUACAGGAUCACACUGAGCAUGCUCGGUGACCAGGUGGCUGUUCUGGAGGUGAUCUCUUUAGAGGAAAAACAAAAAUGGCUGAAGCUGUUGCAGGAUGGAGCUGCCACUUAUGGUCACCAUGACAACAAGACACAGGCACACACAGGUGGUGCCCUGAGUGGGCUGCAAACUCGCAGAUUUCCCACUUCCAACACUUACAUGGACGAUCCCUUCUGCCUGAGCAGAACCAUCAGAAACCACCCCGUCUACUCCAACUCCUCCAUCCUGGAACCCAUGCUGCGCAGCUCUCAGGAUUCAGUUCACUGUAACUCGGUGUCGUCCAGAGACUCCGUGACCUACAGCAACACGGGGCUGAGCCGCAGCAGCAGCAACAGGAAGGUGAUGGCGGCGCAGCGCGACGUUCAGAAGCUAAAGCUGGUUGACACACCGAUGGUGCAGCUGAGAACCGGGUCUGAAGCCAAUCUGGUGUCAGCUGGGAAGCGGAACAAACGCACCUCCUUCAGGCAAUCUCUGGCCAUCUGCACUGAGCGCGCUCAGGUGGGUUUCCUCAAUCCUCUGCUACGACGGACGGCCUCGGCUAAAAACUCGCUGAAGCGAGCGCCUUCAGCACUCUUCAUCGAACAUGGAAAGGUUUUCCAGAGGAAGAAGGAAUGGGAGACCAAAGCAGCUACUUGAUGUUCUCGUCCUGACUAACAUCCCAUCGGGUCUACCACUGUGGAACAUCUACAGUCUAACAGUAAAUUUAUCGUUACUCGAAGGCAGUGGAGAAGCGCUCUGCUCUGAUUGGUUAUUUGGACUCCAACACGUUUUUUUUUAAAGUUGACCAACUGCGCUCAUUUUUCUAACCCUGGUCUAACCCUGGUAAGACUUUUUUUAAUUUGAGCUGCGGCUCCUCGGUCAGCUCCUGCAACAUGCUGUUUUAGCUCCUGUUCCUUUAAGGCUGAAGCUCACCUGCUUCUGAUUGGCUGAAUUAUAAAUCCCUGUGAAGGAUAUCUGAUUAAAGAUAAAUAGAGGUCAGUUUACUCAUUGGUAAAAGUGAGAAACAGCCCAGGCCCCCAAGCUGCCAGGGACCCCAUAAAGUAACAGGAGAAAGCAUUCAUUGGUGGAUUUACUCCACCAAUGAAUGCCAUAAAUGCUGUUGUUAGUAAAGAAAUUCAACAUGUUGCUAAUGGUCAAAAUGGUACAGGUCCUUCUCAAAAUAUUAGCAUAUUGUGAUAAAGUUCAUUAUU